UCCACUUGAGGCUAUAUGAUCAAGCAAACUGUUUAUCACGAAUGCACGAUGUGAGCAAACUCACACUGCGCCUGCCACCAAAAGGUUUGCAGAGGGAUAUCACUCCCUGGCACCGGGCUCUUUGAAGUUAUCUAUUGAGAAGUCUGGCACCUAUUGUUCAAAGGCUGCAGUCUUGCAAGCCUGCUGUGAACCAAACAGCAAUUACCCAACAAUCACUCCCCCUUUCUCCCAUCUCUUUUGCCUAAUAAAUACAGAGGGCUGUGUAAAGCUCAGGGCCCUUGUCCACUACAGGCAAGGUGUCCCCCGGCCCCUUCUUCCAAAUAUACUCUUUUGUCUCUUGUCUUUUAUUCCCACGUUCGCCCCCCUUUGUUCACUCCCCCUAUAUCUGUGCGGGUUACAUAGUAGCAUCUGAACACAGGACUUCAAGGACAUGAAUGAAGAAGAUCUGCUGGAACAGAGAAACUGAAAUUGACAAGGCGAAUGGGGACCCCGGGAUGAGUCUGCCCGCAGUGGAGAUAAGGUCAGUGCCCUGAAGAGGUACUGGGAGCAGUGCUUUAAAGAAGUACUGGGAAUGGAAAGUUUUCUGAAUCAGGAUAACACGGAGCAGAAUUUGUCUGUUGGAGAAAAACAUUAUGUGCAGUUGCUGAAAGUUUUAUUGAAAUGAACUGGUCCUCAGGUUAGUUCUCAGACAUUGACUAAGCUGCUGCAGGAGGUUAUUACACAUAACACAUGGUUUCCACAGGCAGGCGGUCUUGAUGUGGAAAAUUGGGACAGAGCAGGAGAAGGAUUAAAACAGGCUCAUCAAAAAGGUCUUAAAGUUGAUUCUUCAGUUUUCUCCACGUGGAGUUUAGCUCGUACUAUACUUCCGCCAUUAUCUCCUCAUUAUUCUGCAGGACAGCAGGCUGAAUCUAAAAAUCUGAAAGAAUCUGUUGUCCCACCCACAGUUCCAAUUGAAAAUAAAAAAGAGGAGAGGGAGGAUAAAAAUUGGCCUAUACCGCCUCCUCCAGUUGCAGAAACAUCUGAAACACCUCCUUUGAUAGCAGAAAUAGAAACCCCAAUACAAAGAAUGUUAUGCUUUGCUGCCAUAGCUGGAGAGCCCUUAGGACCUUGCACUUUUCCUAUUUCUGUAAGGGCUGAUCCAAAUAAGCCACAGCAGGUUAUUCAUGAACACACUCCCCUAGAGUUUAAGUUGUUAAAGGAAUUAAAAGCAAGUGUGGUAAAUAAUAGUGUACAGAGCCCAUUCACCUUAAGAUUGCUAGAAUCUGUGUUUGCUGCUAUGCGUCUUUUACCCUUUGAUGUGAAACACUUGGUGCGAACUUGCUUGUCGGCUAGCGCAUAUCUGACAUGGAAUUUAAAUUGGCAAGAAAUGUGUGCAGACCAGGCUAGGCAGAACCAUGCUGCUAGAAAUGGAGACGUUACAGAGGAUAUGCUGUUAGGUAAUGGUCCUUAUUCAGACCUGGAAUGUCAAAUGGCACUCCCAGAUGCCACUUAUCAGCAGUGUGCACAGGCUGCUAAAUGUGCCUGGGCCACAAUUCCUGAAGAGGGAGUCCCAGUACAAUCAUUUUUACAUAUCAUGCAAGGGUCAUUGGAACCCUAUGUGCAAUUUCUUGCAAGAUUACAAGAGGCAGUGAAGCGUCAGAUUCCUCAUACCGUGGCUGCAGAAAUGCUAACCUUAGCUCCAGCUUUUGAGAAUGCAAACGCGAACUGUAAAUGUGUGAUGGCACCAGUGAGGUGUACAAAAAACUUGGGAAAUUUUCUGAGCUUGUCAGGAUGCAGGAACUGAGCUUCAUUGCUGUGCAAUGUUAGUGCAAGCAAUGGCUAAUUUAGCAGUUGACAAAUCUAAAAGGAGCCAAGGGUCAAACCCUAAAAUGGGAAAAUGUUAUAAUUGUGGAAAAACUGACAUUUUAAAAAGGAAUGCCGCCAUAUCUCAGAACGGAAAGGACCUUACAACGCAGUGCCCCACCCAACGGAAAAAAACACCAGGACUGUGUGCUCACUGUAACAAAGGAAAUCACUGGGCCAAUCAGUGCCGCUCAAAAUUUCAUCAGAAUGGCACCCUCCUGCCGGGAAACAAGACAUGGGCCUGGCCCCGGGCCCCACAAACAAGGAGGGCAUUCCCAGUCCAGACCUCAACCCCAUUUGAGGGAUGGGUUCCUGGAGGCAUAUUGAUUCCCUCACCCCAGGAACACCAGGAAAUGCAGGAUUAGAGCUACCCGCCAGAGAAAGAAUCACAUUAGUCAGGGGAGACAAACCUAUCCAAGUUCCCACUGGUAUUUGGGGACUUUUACAAACAGGAUACACAGGACUAAUUUUAGGCAAAAGUCGUCUUAAUUUGCAAGGCAUCACUGUAGUCCUAGGAGUGAUUGACUCUGAUUAUGAAGGAGAAAUUCAAGUAGUUUUAAUGUCACAAGAUCUUUGGGUUUUUGAAUCGGGAGAUCUUUGCUCAAUUAUGCUUAUUCGUUGCAAAUUAUACCCUUCUCCACGAAAGGAGAAAGGAGAAAAUAAAGGGUUUGGGAGCACAACUACAUGAGAAAUCUAUCACAACCAAUAGCCUCUAAAUAGACCCA